AUGUGGAUAACUUGUUUCACUGGGAAUUUAUCUGAAGCUUUUGGUAUCCAUCCGAAGUUGCUGUUCAUUAAUUUGAGCGAUAAUGAUUUUCAUGGUGAACUCAACAGCAAGUGGGGGAAAUGCAAGAAUUUGACUGAUUUUCGGAUUGCCAGAAAUAACAUUAGUGGUAGCAUACCACCAGAGAUUGGAAAUGUCAAAGGGCUUUUAGGACUUGAUCUUUCAUCGAAUCACUUGAUUGGGCAGAUUCCAAAGGAAUUUGGAAAAUUAACCUCUCUAGUUAAUCUUUUUCUGCAAAACAACCGAAUUUCUGGCAAUAUACCUGAGGAUUUUGGGUCACUAACAAAGUUAGAGUCCCUCGAUCUAUCAGACAACAGAUUGAAUGGGUCAAUCCCGAUGUGUAUAGUAGAUUUCGUACACUUGUUUCAGUUGAACCUGAGCAACAAGUUUGGCCAGAAUAUUCCAAAGGAUAUAGGAAGGAUAACUCAGCUUAAUGUACUUGAUUUGAGCUAUAAUCUUCUGGUUGGAGUUAUACCCCCUCAGAAUGUCAUAUUGUCAUACAAUGAGUUGGAAGGUCCAAUCCCUAAUAAUAAGGCUUUUAUCAAUGCCUCAUUGGAGGGUAAUAAAGGUCUUUGCGGCAAUGUAGCAGGACUCCAUCCCUGCGAAAUGCCGUCUUCUGUGGUGAAGAGGCACUCAAUGGCGAAGGGACGUAAACUCAUCCUCAUCACUGUACUUCCUGUUAUGGGAGCAUUAGUACUGCUCUGUGUUUUCAUUGGUGUUCUCUUUAUGUGUAAUAAAAGAAGGAGAGUUAGAGACGUUGAAAGAAGGGAUGGUGAUGGUUGGCUUUCUAUAUCCAUGUUAGAUGGGAAGGCAUUGUACAGGGACAUCUUAAAUGCCACAGAAGAGUUUGAAGAAAAAUUUUGCAUCGGGCAAGGAGGACACGGAAGUGUUUACAAGGUAAACCUUCCAUCAUUAGGGAAUAUAGCUGUGAAGAGACUUCAUUCUUCAUUUCAGAAUACUCAUCCCAAAAGCUUCAUCAAUGAAGGGCAUUGA